AGAUCUUCAUGAUGUUCCUUCAUGCAAAGUUAAGGAAACUGAAAAAGUACGAGAAGAAAGCUGAACUGAAACAAGAAAUACUUCGUGAAAAGAAAUUGUUUGUUCUGGACAACUCAUUACGUGAGAGUACUGUUGGACAACUCAGAGGUCAUACGAUUGAAAAUAAAUGGAAGAUUUAUGAAGAGGUAAAUAUAGUGAUAAUUUAUACUUGAUAAUUUUUGCCAAUGACUUAUUUUGUCACGAAGUUUAAAAUUAUAAUAUAUAUAUUGGCUUGUGCCUAAGAAUCUGCAGGUAAUCUGGCCAAGAUUCACUGCAGAGGCCCUUGUAUGUUUGUUUUAGACGCUGUAUUGUGUGGUCUCCAGAGUAGGAAGCCAGCCAUGGCAAGCUUAAGAACAUCAUUUUCUGAGCAAAAACGGUUAAAAUCGAAACUAGAGGCGGCAGUUUGAACUCGUUGUGCUUUCUUUUGAAGGACCGAGGAAGGGGAUAUGUCACUGAGUCAUUAAAAUUUAAUUUUGAAAGUACCAAAUCUGGGCCAGCUUUUUCUUGAUAUUCUGUGGUGUUAUAUUUUUAUUCUUCGUAAAGUGGCGAGUAUUUUGUAACACUAGGAUAUGAUUUAUGUGAUGUCCAUUUGAAGGUCUUUGCGUAUCCAUGUUCCUAACAACUUAAAACAUCCAAUUCUGUCUAACGUUCUGUUCUUUUUAACAUUUGGUGGUACAAGGUUGCCGAGACAAUGUGUUUUGGACAUCUGGGGAUAAUCAUCUGUUUGGUUUUCUUCUCAUUUAAUAGCAUGUCAUUAUUCGUAGCCCAUCUCUCAAUGCGGUGCAGGCUAUCAUCCAUCAUCUGUACACAGCCCUCCAAAUUUGUGGGGGUACUGUGGCGCUACACUGUGGUGUCGUCGGGAUAUCGAAAACAGGUAGAGCCUUCUUGUAAACCAUCCUGCAUGUCAUUGACAUAUAGAUAAACAAGAAAUGUCCUAAACUUGAGCCUUGUGGAAAGCCAAACGUCAAUUUCGCUAGUUCAGAUUGUUUGUCGUUUACUUGGACAAACUGUUUCCUUAAAGACAGGUAAUUCACAAUCCACUUGAGGGCAGCACUGGACAUACCAAUAUCGUGGAGUUUCCGUACUCCAACAGAAUAGUCAAUGGUACCAAAAGCUCUGGAUAGGUCUACAAAGGCGAUUAGUGUCACCUCGCCCUUUUUCAUCGCUUUUACGAUAACGUCUUUGAUGCGCAAGUGUACGCUAGUUGUCGGGUGACCCUUACGACAGUUGGUGAUAUUACCGUUUAGCAGGCUGUGGUGUUCGAUGUGAUGUAUCAGUUGACUUAGGGGCCGACCAUUUAACUUUUGAGGGGGGGGGGGUGAUUUUGAAAAACAAUUCCCUGCAUGCAAGGCUAUUCUGAACAAAAAUAUAUAUAUACACUAACAAACUGGGGGGAAAAUAACCUGCCCCAGUAUUUGGUGGGGAAAAAUGUUGCAAGAGAGCAUGGUUCCAGGGAUCGAUUUGACCAGUCCCAGAAGAUAAGCUGGUUUGAUUUUCAGGAACUAGAGCAUGUAAGGGCUAUUACAUAGUCUACUAUAAAAGCACACUUUUCCCAAAGGAUAGGAAAACUGGUCCAUAAAUAAUCUAAAUUAUUGUUUAUACUAUAAAGGACUUCAUAUAUGACAAUCAUGUUUUACAUGAGUCUUAAAAAUGCCAAGAAAAUUCGACCUUGUCUUUUGCCGUACUUUUUACGCGAAGCUUUAAUAAGCUCUCCAUAAAUAUCUCAAUCGAGACAGCUAGGAAUUCGAGAAACCAAUAUUCAGGCUCUUGACAGCAGUCCACGUAUUAGUGUAACGGAUUUCAUUGUCUGUGCUUCCUGCGCAAGAUCUUAGUAUAAUGAAUAAACCAUAUGUUAUAAAAUAAGCUAUUGAAAAAAAAAAUGCUGCGAAAGAGAGGGAAAAAAAGUUUGUACAUGCUGAUGGAUAGGAAAAAAGAUCUCGCCAUAACGAUCCCAGAAAAAAAUCCAUUCCAGCAGUAACCCCCCCCCCCCUUCUCAAAUGUUAAAUGGUCGGCCCCUUAGAACAAGUUUUUCGUAAAUUUUAGAGAGAGCUGGAAGAAUAGCAAUAGGUCGAUAGUCAUCAGGUUCGGAGGGAGGGUAACAUGAGGUUCAGGCCCUAAUCACAGAAUAGAGUCUGACACAAAACCUGUCUAAACUGUGAGAUUCCCGUCCAUCUGGCGGACGGGAAAUUUGAUUGGUUGAUCAGCAUCAUGAAAGAUUUGAUUGGUUGCAAGUUCACAUAAACAACAGUUUUAAAAAUAGGUCGGUCAAGGGCUCAAGGCGACAAUUAAUAUAAAGGUCAAACGCACGUAACAAAUUCCAUUAGCGAUUUCUUCGAAUUUCUUUUCUUUUAUGCUUUAUGGCAGAAAAUAAAUAAAAAAACCCAAUAUUUUGAAAGGGCUUUAUCAAAAUCUUUGACGAAUUUUGGACACACGACACUGAAAGAACAGCCAAACUAGUCAUGUAUUCGAAACCUUGUUCACGACAGCCAAGAUGUUCUGCCAACUGGCUUCGCCGGCAAAAGUUUUAUUUUUAAUAUCAGGUCCUACCGCCGUUGUUUUCUGAGCUACGUCGCCUUCUUCGUGGUACGAUUGAGAAUCCCAUUGUUGCUGUUGUUAGUCCGUUGGAGUAUAUCCGCGUCCAGCAAGUUGAGACUUUGAGAAAGCUUGGCCAUCAAGCCGUGCACAGAACUGACUAAUUAAAACUUUGUUUGCUGUUCGGUUAAAUAGAGAAACCGACUCUUAUAUUAAUUAUAUAAAAGUACUUUGAAUUUUCAGGUUUAAUUAAUUAAAAAGCAAAAUGCACACUCUGCGGACAUGUUCGUGCGAAUAUAAUUUUUUUGUGUAACGAAAUCUACAACACUUGUCAAUCAUAUUGCAUGCUAUGUCUAAAAAUAACAUGUGGGCGUCCCACGGUCUAGACAGGUUUUGUGUCAGGCCCUAUUUAUUUAAAAUUAGGGCCUGAACUUCAGAGGGAGAAUUGACUUUAGGAACUGGCGAAAUACGAGCCACCUUCCACGCAUCAGGAAAAGAACAAUUGUCAAUGAAACUGUUAAGGAUGUGUGUCAAAGGUGACCCAAUGGUCACGGCACCGAGCUUGAGGCACCUUGCAGUUAUCUGGUCUGGACCUGUUGAGCAGUUAACUGGGAAUUAAGAUGAAAACCAGUCAAGCUCUACUAUUGUUGAAAUUCCUUCGUUCUGAGUGACAAAGAUCAACAUGCUACCUUGAACAUAAACUACACUGCAGGGAUAGACCAAUUAAACAGCCCCGUAAUAGCACACAUCAAAAUGCAUCCCCAAGUAAACAGAAAGGACCAGUUACUGUGCAUACAAAUAGAAAACCUAAUUCAAAAUUGCAAACACAGCAGCCCUGUAAUAUAAACAGGAAAAAAACUAAGCAAAUUCCUGAAAGCACUAUUCGUUGCCGUUUUCUUUCACGGCGGGGCUGCUGUAUUAAGAAACAUGCAGAACUGCGAUUUUAAACACCCACAACAUCCGCAUCGAAAUGAGCCAUCGGAUACCAAAAUACAAAAUACGUUGUCCCUUUAUACAACGGAGAGGGUUUUGUUUGAAAAGAGAUCAUUGUGACUUUUUACAUAACAUCUCAUUAUAAUAGUCAUUGUAGCCCUAGUGUCAUGUUUAUUAAUAUCGUAUUCAAUGUUAACAUUCAACACUUUGUAUCACACAUGCAUAUGUAAUGUAUAAUACAGCUUUUUCAAAUUAUAUAUUCGAUUAUUUUAGAUAAAAAAGGUUGGCUUUCAGGAUAUCAUUGUAACAUCGUUUUCCCAUAUGACCCGUGUUGGAGAUACAUUUAUCCGUCAACUGGCAGAAAAACGAGAAGAUUUUAGAAAAUUUUACGCUUUUACAGAGUUUAUUGAAUCAAUUGACAGUCAAACUAAAAUUCCUGACACAGACACCAUUCCUGUUGGCUUGAUGAAAAUGAAAGAGUUGGGCAUUCGAAAUCCGAUCAUUGAAGCUGAUUUGUUUUAUACCGACAUCGACUACAAAAUAUUCAACGUGAAAAAAAUUACCACACUCUUCUCACAAAGAAUGCAAUGGGUACGAGAAAAUCUUUCAAGAGAUGCCCAAAUUUUUAUCAACCUUCGUGAUAUUGCUGACGCCAUAAUCAACAAACCAAAGCGUGUGUUUAAAGUUGUUGAAUAUCUUUCAUCGUUGCCCGCAGACCAACGUCCUUUUGGUUUGAUAUUUGAAGAACCAACAGGAAACUACUUGCCAGAUCAACUUGGUGCUUGGACAGCCGCAGUACGUCACGAAAUGGACAAAUGUGGUUUUCAAGAUGGUCAUUUGUUAGUUCAUAUUCAUGAGAAGUGGGGAUUGGGGCAAGUGAGUCAGUUGGAAUGUAUUAUCAACGGAGCAACCGGUAUUUGGUGUAGUGUAUGUGAAGAAGGAGCAGCCUUAGGUCAUGCAUGUUCUAGUGUGACCUUAUUAAAUAUGAUACGUUUGGGAAAUAAACAUGUCUUUAAGCAAUAUAACUGUGUUGAACUACGCAGAGCUGCUCAAGAAGUGACAAGAAUAACAACCGGUCAGGAACCACAUCCUAAACAACCUGUGUAUGGUGAGCGAGCACUGGAUAUUGUCUUCGAAGGUAGUAUGGGUUCAAAUUCUGACGGUGAAGGUUUCUCUAUGGCAACAUUCUUUGGAGAAGAACCACCGGUGAGAAUGACAACAUUAGCUACACCAAGAAUGGUUUUAGAGAGACUAAAAACAUUGUUUGGUGAAAAUACUCAGUUCACAGAAGAACGAGCUAAGAGAAUGCUUGAAGUUAUGUUAGAAGAUCUACAUGAAAAUAGAAAAGAGGAAUACAUGAGUAAAGUUGGUCUCGCUAUCUUAUUUGAUCGAUCUGGCGGCAAGCUUACCGAAGCAAUGGCUAAGGCGGUUGAAGAUGAAAAGCCUGAAACAGUCCAUGGUGAAAGGCUGAUCGCACAAAUACGGAAAUUGUGGGACGUUUGGGAUUUACGAGAUGGUGUGAAAGAUGACCAAUUAGAAUUUGAUGCGUUUUAUAACGGCUUCAUGGCGCCGUAUUUUGGCUGCUAUAGAUGCGAUACAACCAGGCGUGCCUUGAAAGCAAUUGAUAUGGAUGAAGAUGGCCAAGUGGACUGGAACGAGUUCUCGUUGUAUUUAAAAUGGGCCAUUCGUGAAUAUCCCGAAGCAAAAGAUGCAGAGGAAUUGCUUUCUAUCGCUUUCCGUAAGGGCCUUAUUCCAGCCAUGCAAGACGAAGUAUUGAAAGGGAGCUAAUUUUCUUGUGGAAAUACUAUCAAGAAAUUUAGAACACUAUUUCCAAAGUGAAAUUUGGACCUCAAAGUUAACAAUUACUUCUAAUUUGAAAAUAACAUUAAUUAACGACAAGGAGCAACGUUUAGGUUGUUAACGGAAUAUACCUUUCGAAAAGGCUGAGUGAAAGCGUCUGCAUGACCAACCAAAAUUCCGCCCUGGGUAAUGCAGAAUAAAUGAAAACGUCUUCUGUUCUUGAUUUUCUAUUUUUUUUAAAUUGACUUCAUCCGCGUCCCCCCCCCCCCCUGCAUAAUUCUGCAGGCUUUAUACAGUCCGAAUUUUGUGCUUUAAAAAGCAACAUUUAACUAUGCUAUUAUAAAUUUAUAUUGUAAUACUGUAACAGUAGACAGCCAAGUUGCCUAAAUAAUCCUAAGCUACUCUGAAAUUCAUUGUAAUAAUAUUAAGAUAAGAGCUUUUGUUAGGAUGGCAACCUCAAUAAAUGGACAGUCAAAAGUAUAACGCCGACAGCUGUUUUUAGAUAACAGAAGCCAGAAUUGUACUAUAUAACCUGAAUAAAAGUACGUAUUAUGAAAUGUUGUACAGUCCAAUUUGAACACACAACGUGAUCACUGCAGGGG